UACAAAUAUAUCAAAAUGAUGUCCUUCAAAUCGUUUGUGUUGCUUAGUUUAUCACUUGCUGCCAUCACCGCCUACGCUUACGCCCAGGUAGCGCCCGGCUCGAAUGCGUAUUUGCCGCCCACCAAGAACGGAUAUGACUAUCCAGAGCCCAAUCAGCCAUUCAAACCCGGCACGCCUGGUAGACCUACGCCCGGUACCGGUCCACGUCCACCACCAUCUCCCCCACGCAUUCCCGGUCAACCCGCCGACGAUCAUGUGCACGUGCCCGGCAUGCCAUUCGACUUUGAGUACGCUGUCCAGGAUCCGGAGACGGCCAACGACUAUGCGCACAAGGCAUCCAGUGACGGCGACGUGGUGACCGGCGAGUAUCGAGUCCAGCUGCCCGACGGACGCACUCAGGUGGUGCGCUACACGGCCGACUGGAAGACUGGCUACCAUGCGGACGUCAGUUACGAGGGAGAGGCCCAGUUCCCGCAGGGACCAGCUGCUGGUGGACGCGGUGGUGGCGGCGGCGGUGCCGCCGGUGGCUACAAGUACUAGAGAGAGCAGAGCUCGGUCCGUAUCGCGUUUUGAGUUAUGUCUGUCGUCAUUAUCUUGUUGUGAAUUCCAUGAGAAAUGUCUAAACUUUAUGGUAUACAAAUAAAAACUAUUGAUAAUUUUUUAUAAA